AGACUUCGUGGACAUCUGUCUAUCAUCAUUAACAUCCAUACUGUUGUUCCUCUUGCUGACCACUUACCUAUUCAACUGGUGAUCACCAACGUUCCUUUGGUUACUACUCCCUCUCUUACAUCUUCACGUUUUCGCAAGACAAUACCCAAUAUCUACCACUACGACAAUGCCUGUCUCGCACCUCCACCACUUCCACUCCAACUCAGAGUGUCACGUCAACCAUUGCUCUCUCCCCACAACUACUCACCCCUCGCCCAUUAUUGACAUGUCUGGAACUGCUCCUGGGAAGCGUUGUCCUACCUGCGAGGGCAAGGGCAAAGAAGUCUGGGUCUUGCCUGGCAGAGACUGCCCGUACUGCGGAACCUACGUUUCUUGAGCGCGAAGCCACCUAAACCACAGGUUUCCAAUUAGCCAUGGGUGGCCUCUGGGCGUCUUGUGCCCGGCUAUCCUCAAUAUCAUUUCUCAGUUUCAUUCUCUGCAAGUUCGACGCCAUCCACGCACCAACCAUGGCUUUGUCCAGGUUGACCAUAUAGACUAUCGAAUUUACU